UCCACCGCUCCUUCCUGGCCGGGCAGAGCCUGCUCCCAGCCACCGCGGUCCACAUCCUGCCUCGCUGAGUGUGUGUGCUUACAGCGUCAAGGGGUGGACGUGAUAUUUCAAACAUCAGAUCAGUGCGUUUAUAUAUUGGGUGCCCGGAAAUUUUUCCAAAUAAACACAGCUUGAUUCAACUUGGGUGGGCGGACUUAUCAACAGACUAAUUCUAUAAACAAAUGAAGGAAUAGCCCCGAAACGGAUUGGCUGGUAUCAGAAAGACACGUGGAGGGAAAAGCUUGGAGUUUUUCAGCAAUGAAAUUUUAAUUAAUGUGGGUGGGCUGAGAACACAACGACUGUUUAUCAUAGACAAUUUAUUUUCCAGCGCUAAGUCAACAUAUAAUAGCAAACUUACAACAAUUAUUUAACAUUUUUAAAGCCAUGAAGAAGGGACAGAGCACGGAGCGGCAGGGGAGAGCGGCGGAGCUGGAGGCAGAGGCUCGGCCGGCUCCCCAGGAGGGCCCUUGCGGGGCAGGGCGCAGCCCCUAAGCCGCCUGGUCGCCAGGAGCGCAGCGCCGGCGCCCGCUCGCCAUGAGCCACCUCUUCAGUCCCCGGCUGCCGGCCCUGGCCGCCUCGCCCAUGCUCUAUCUGUACGGCCCCGAGAGACCCGGGCUGCCUCUGGCCUUCGCCCCCGCGGCCGCCCUGGCCGCCUCGGGCCGCGCCGAGCCCCCGCAGAAGCCGCCCUACAGCUACAUCGCGCUCAUCGCCAUGGCCAUCCAGGACGCGCCCGAGCAGAGGGUCACCCUCAACGGCAUCUACCAGUUCAUCAUGGACCGCUUCCCCUUCUACCACGACAACCGGCAGGGCUGGCAGAACAGCAUCCGCCACAACCUGUCGCUCAACGACUGCUUCGUCAAGGUGCCCCGCGAGAAGGGGCGGCCGGGCAAGGGCAGCUACUGGACGCUGGACCCGCGCUGCCUGGAUAUGUUUGAGAACGGCAACUACCGGCGCCGGAAGAGGAAGCCCAAGCCCUGCCCCGGGGCCCCGGAGGCCAAGCGGGCCCGCGCCGAGGCGCACGAGAGCGGCGCGGACGCGCAGCGGGAGGCGGGGAGCGGGGCAGGGGGCUCGGACCCCGCGAUGCCCCGCCGCGAGGGAGCGCCCGCGCGCCCCUCGCCCCUCCCGGAAGGCCCCUCUCCGCCCGCGCCCCUCCACUGGCCCGGGCCUGCGUUCCCAGAGGAGGACGCGGGCGACGCUGUGCAGGGCGCAGCGGCGGGGGCGGUGGGCCAGCCCGCGCGCACGGUGGAGGGCGCGGAGUCCCCUCCGCGCCCCGCCUCCCGCGGCUCCCCGAAGAGCUCCGACAAGUCCAAGAGCUUCAGCAUAGACAGCAUCCUGGCGGGAAGGCAGGGCCGGGAGCCGGCCGGAGGGGACCAGGUCCCCGGGGGCGCCAAGCCGGGGCCGGGCAGCUGCCUGGGCGCCUCCCUUCUGGCUGCCUCCUCCAGCCUCCGCCCGCCUUUCAACGCUUCCCUGAUGCUCGACCCGCACGUCCAGGGCGGCUUUUACCAGCUCGGGAUCCCGUUCCUCUCCUAUUUCCCUCUGCAGCUCCCCGACGCGGUGCUCCGCUUCCAGUAAAGCCAACAGUGGCGCGCGGUUCUCUUCCCUGCCCCGGCCUGAGCCUCCUCCGAGCGACCGGCCACAGCUCCCACGGCGGGGGAAGCAGGCACGUUCUUUUAAAACGCUCUUUUCCUGGGGCGGCGUGUGGGUCCCGGGGAGCGCUACACACCCCCGCGCGCAGGUGGGCGCGCUGGCUAGCCUGCCUCCUCCUAAGCGGACCUUCCCCGGCACCUGCAGCGGCUUCUGAGGUUUAAAAAACCGGGUCCGGAGGGGACUUGGGCAUCACAGACGCCCUACCGCGGGAGCAAGAGAAUGCCUUGACGUUAGUGUCGGUCCUGUGGCGUGAUCGUGGCUACCCUCCGCAGGUGCCGUGCGCUCGGGGUACGCGCGGGCCCAGCAAACAACCCAGGCGGGACAUACAGACUCAGUGUGGUCCUUCCAACCUGGGAGCCCCAGUCUGGCUGUCCCAGCCCCCGCUGUCGCUGUGUGGCCCAGGAUUUGGCUUUGAGCCCAGCUGGGUGGUGGGACGUUUACAGCUGGCUUGUCCCCCAAGCCCAGUUAUGGGGCGCCAGGGGUCAUCUCUGCUUUUCAGGUUUUUUGGGGCCUGGUGAGGAUUUACACCAACGUUAAGGUGGAAGUCGAGAAGCCACCCGGAGCAAUAACACUUGCUUGAGAUAGAGAGAUUUCCUCUCGAUUUCUGUCUGGACAGUAAAAGGAGCAUGCUUCACUCUUUGCCUAAAUACUUGACUCUUUUCCCCUGUAAACACUGCCCUUUGAAAACGUCUGUAUCAACAACUGCUAUUAAGAAAGUGCACUCUACGGUGUAGCGUCCUGCUAGCUCAGUAGUCAAGACAGCCCAUGUAACCCACAGUAGCAGAGCUCCUAUCUUUUUGCUUUUGUUUCUAAGGGAUCUAAAGAUUUCCAUGAACAGGCCCAGGGGGAAGGGUGUGAGGGGGGACAGAAUAUGCCUCAGAGGUGUCAGAGGUUUGAUUCCCCAUGGCUUUUCAAGAAUCAAGCUUGGUUUUGCUACAUUUUCCAGAGUCAGGUCUCAUGAAAGGCUACAUUUAACCUCUGCAGAGCGAGGUGAGGCUGACCAACAGGAAGCAGCUGGAGAGGGGCAUGGGCACAUGUAGGGGACAAAUGAGGGGUCUCCUGGUGUCUGCUGCAGGGGGCUUCUCUGGACCCCAAAGUACGUGAGGCUUGAGGGCGGGGUCUCUCAGGCUCUCCCAGCCCCGGAACCCCUGGCCUGAAGCCUGCCUUGCCCUCCCUGUGCCUUCCGGGCAGGCCUGGAGCCUGCAGUUAAAUACACACCUUAAAGAGGUGACUAGAAAUCUCCAGGAGGGUCUGCAACAAAGCCCAGGGUAAGAAAAUUGAGGCUUUCACAGAACUUAGGGGAAACACACCCAACCUCUUAGGGUAGCUCUGUUUGGGUUACCGUGAGGUCUCUGAAACUCAGUUUCCUGAACCUCCCAGUAACUUCUAUCUCACCUGAUGUGAGCAAGGCGCAAAACAUUGUUGGAGAUAGGCUGGGAGGGGGGCCUUUAAAAUAAUUUUUAAAACGGUUUCCGGGACUUGUAUAAAGCGAUCACAAAGGUUAUGUCAAAGGGGCCAGCUGGCCAGUGUGUGGGAAGCACUUCCCCCAGACAGGCGUCACAAUUCAGUCCUGGGUGGGCACAGGGCUGACUUUCGGAAAACGCAUCUGCACGGCCACGUGGAACCGCGGGCUGCUGAUCCACGAACGUUGCCCCGGCCGGGUCCCCACCCAGGCCGGGAGGAAGCCUCCGGUGAGCUGCAGAGAAUCCUGGGCUGGAAGGACUUUGGCGGGUGCCUGUGUUGCUAUCCGGCCCGGUGCGAUCAGCUGGAGACAUAGUGG